AUGUUUACAUUAGACUCCGAUGCUAGCUUAUGUACAAUAUGCUUGUCCGUCAUGAAACCAGAAAAUAGAUCUGUACUCUUGACGUGCCUUCAUGAGUUUUGCUUCCCAUGCAUUGGAAAAUGGGCAGAAAAGAAUGCAGUUUGUCCGCUUUGUAGGCAAAACUUUAAUGAGGUUCUUAACAACAUCAGGUCGGAUGAUGACUACGAUAUUUACCAGAUAACAAGACCCAUCAGCAACAAUGCGCAAGGAAAUGCUUCUACACAAUUUUCAAUUCCAAUUGUGGUGCCGACGUAUCUAGCAACACGGUUGAUUCUUCCAACAUCGUCUAUGACUGGUUUUCGCAACAACCCGCAAACAAAUGCAUCGACUUUUUUUCCUCAUUAUAGGAUGUUUAAUCCAACUUCAGUGACAUCAUCUACACAGUUGACCUUUUCAAAUCCAAUUCUGCCGACAAAUCUAGCAACACGGCAGAUUCUUCCAGCAUCGUCUAUGACCAGUUUUCUCAACAACCCGCAAACAAAUGCAUCGACUCUUUUUCCUCAUUAUGGAAUGUUAAAUCCAACUUCAGUGACAUCAUCUACACAGUUGACCUUUUCAAAUCCAAUUGUUCCGACAAAUUUAGCAACACGGCAGAUUCUUCCAGCAUCGUCUAUGACUAGUUUUCUCAACAACCCGCAAACAAAUGCAUCGACAUUUUUUCCUCAUUAUAGAAUGUUAAAUCCAACUUCAGUGACAUCAUCUACACAGUUGACCUUUUCAAAUCCAAUUCUGCCGACAAAUCUAGCAACACGGCAGAUUUUUCCAGCAUCGUCUAUGACUAGUUUUCGCAACAACCCGCAAACAAAUGCAUCGACUUUUAUUUCCCAUCAUAGAAUGUUAAAUCCAACUUCAGUUCCAUUGACACCAUCUACACAGUUGACCUUUUCAAAUCCAAUUGUUCCGAUGACCAGUUUUCGCAACAACCUGCCAAUUAAUGUAUCGACUUCUAUUUCUCAUCAUAGAAUAUUAAAUCCAACUUCAGAUUCAUUGAUACCAUCUACACAGUUGACCUUUCCAAAUCCAAUUGUGCCAACGAAUCUUGCAACACGACUGAUUCUUCCAGCAUCGUCUAUGACUAGUAAUCGCAACAACCCGCAAACAGAUGUAUCCACUGUUACUCCUCAUCCUAGAGAGAUAAAUCUAUUAGCAGAUUCAUUAACAAAUUCAACACAGUAG